AUGCAGGUGUACGUGCGCGUGCGGGCCGCCGAGGCCGAGUACGAGUGGGCGCGCGGCCGCGUGCUGCGCCGCCUCGAGAGCGACGCCGCCCGCGUCUUGGUGCAGCUGAAUGACUGCGACGAAGCGGUGGAAGCCGACGAAGCGCGCGACGUGCGCAUGGCCAACGAGCUGCCGGCCGGCCAGACGCUCGCGGACGUGGAGAACCUGGACGCGCUCACGCACCUGCACGAGCCGGCCUUCGUGGACUACUUGGCGCAGCGCUACGGCGUGGACCAGGUGUACUGCAGGUCGGGCGCCGUGCUCAUCGCGGUGAACCCGUUCAAGGAGAUCCAGGGGCUCUACGACCUGCACAAGUUCCACAGCGACAUGCCCGGCUGGUCGGCACUGCCGCCGCACGUGUUCUCCAUUGCCGAGGGCGCGUACAGGUCGCUGCGACGCAGACUGCACGAGCCCGGGGAGAGCAAGAAGAACCAGACGAUUCUCGUGAGUGGAGAGAGCGGCGCCGGCAAGACGGAGACGACCAAGUUCAUUAUGAAUUACUUAGCGGAGAGCAGUCGCAGCGCGGCUAUUGCAGGCAGCAGCAGCAAGAGGAGACGCGCCAUCAGCGGCAGCGAACUCAUGAGCGCGAACCCCAUUCUCGAGUGCUUUGGAAACGCCAGGACGCUGCGCAACGACAAUAGCAGUCGCUUUGGCAAGUUUGUGCGCAUGUUCUUUGAAGGGCACGAGCUGGAUGAGUCGCUGCGGAUGGUGGGGACGUCUGUGGAGACGUACUUGCUGGAAAAAGUGCGCGUGGUGCACCAGAACGAUGGAGAAAGGAAUUUCCAUGUGUUUUACGAACUGUUAGCUGGGGCAGAUGACGAUAUGAAGAACGAGCUACAUUUGGAGGAUCUUUCAGCUGAGGAAUUCCAGUACAUCAGUGGUGGGCAAUGCUUCCAGAGGAAUGACGGGGUCCGUGACGACAAGCAGUUCCAGCUAGUCUUGCAGUCGAUGAAAGUCCUGGGAUUUACGGAUGUUGAGCAAGCGGCAAUCUGGAAAAUCUUGAGCGCAUUGUUGCACCUUGGGAACGUGUUGUUUGUUUCGUCAAGUGAGGACGAAGGGGAGGAAGAUAGUGGAACAGCAUCGGCGCCGUGUCAGUUGGCUACUGCAUCUCCUUCUUCGCUUACGGUGCAGCAACAUCUUGAUAUCGUUUCAAUACUGUUUGCUGUUGAUCAAGAUGAACUGAUCCCAGCGUUAACUACCCGCAAGAUCAGCGUCGGCGGUGAAACCUUCCAUGCCAACUUAAGUCUGGCUCAGUGUGGAGACGCUCGAGAUGCUAUGGCUCGCUCCUUAUACGCAUUUCUGUUCCAGUUCCUCGUGUCAAAAGUGAAUUCAGCCUCGCCGCAGAUUCAACAUUCUACAAAUCCUGCCAACAAGGGCGUCGCUAAGGAUGCGGCACCGUGUAUUUCAGUGCUGGAUAUCUUCGGAUUCGAAGAGUUCGAGAUCAACCAGUUCGAACAAUUCUGCAUCAAUUAUGCCAAUGAAAAAUUGCAAUACCAGUUCAUCCAAGACAUUCUUUUGACAGAACAGCAAGCUCAUAUCGAGGAAGGGAUCAAGUGGAAUGCCGUGGACUACGAAGACAAUUCUCUGUGUCUGGAGAUGGUUGAACAACGUCCUAGUGGUAUUUUCUCGCUCCUGGACGAGGAAUGCGUAGUGCCGAAAGGGAGCGACGCAGGGUUUGCGCGGAAACUGUAUCAGCGACUGCAAGAACAUAGCUAUUUCAGCGCGUCGCGGACUGAUCAGGCUGAUUUUGCCUUUCAAGUUCAUCACUAUGCAGGAAACGUCCGAUAUCAGGCCGAAGGUUUUUGCGAAAAGAACAAAGAUCAGCCCAACGCAGAGCUGUUUAGUGUGUUGGGGAAAACGAGCGACGCUCACUUGCGCGAACUGUUUGAUUUCUUCAAAGCCAGCGAGUCGGCGCAACUACAACUGGGCCAGCCUAAGCUAAGGCGUCGAUCCUCAGUGCUCAGUUCGAUUGGUAUCGGCUCUCAGUUUAAGCAGCAGCUUGCAAGUUUGCUCGAUGUGGUGCAGCAAACACAAACGCAUUAUAUCCGCUGUAUCAAGCCGAACGACGAGAGCGCGGGCGAUAAGUUUGACAUGGCUAAGGUGUCGAGCCAGUUGCGCUAUGGUGGUGUGCUGAAAGCUGUGGAGAUUAUGCGGCAGUCUUAUCCAGUUCGUAUGCUCCAUGCCGAUUUUGUGAAGCAAUACCAACUUUUGGUGGCUGCUAAGAAGCAGUCAGAGUUGACUGCGUCAAAUCUUCUUGAAACACUCAAGAUCGACCAUACAGAGCUCGGUAAAACGCGUGUAUUUUUGCGCCAGCAAGCCUUUGAUCAACUGGAAAAGCGACGUGAACGGGUUGUCAUGGCUUCAGCUGUUAAACUGCAAAGUUCAUGGCGAGGAAGACAACAGCGCCGAGUGUACAUUAGACAAUUGCAAGUAUUGUGGAGCAUUCAAGUGCGGUGGAAAGCCAUUCUUGAGAAGAAGCGUCGAAUUGCUCGACGAAACAAGGCCGCAAGGUUGCUUCAACGUUCACUGCGGCACUGGGUUUUGGCUCUCAAAAAACAACGGUGUGAGAGCGCAUUACUUAUCCAGCGUGUAUUCCGGAGAUGGCACCAGGCCCGUGUUGCGUUGAGAGCAGCUGCAGCUGAAUCUGCCGCCGCCAAAGUUCCCCAAGAAGACAAAUCGACAGACCCGUCGGGGUAUAGCGGUCGUGGCAGUGAACUAACCAUUGAGACUCUAGAGGAAGACGACGUACUUUCAACUGCCACUGCAUCAGUCGGAACAAGCGCGUAUUCGGAGGAUGUGGACUUUUCACCUAUGGAUGUCAUGCGACGAGCUAUGCUUCGUGGGCGAAUGAGUGACUUUGGGGGUGAAUCCGACAGUGACAACGCAAUGCUGAAGAAGGCCUUGAGAGAGGUCGAGAGACUUCGUCGCAGAGCAGAAGCUGCUGAAGCUGCUCUGUCACACUUUGCCGGACGAGAUAUAGAUCCAGUGUCUAGCGACUCUAUGACUUUGAUCACCACCAGAGCCUCGUCACACUCCGAUGCACUCUCGCACUACGGUGGAGGAGUAAGCGACGGCGGUAACUUCUCUUGGCGCCAGCUGAAUACAUCGAGUCUACGGAUUGACCGCUACGGCAACACUGCGCUGCACCAGUCCGUAGACAAUGGAAAUGUGGAGCUGGCAUGUGCGCUUCUUGUUAACGAGACAAGUGGUGCUCUAGAUAUGCUGCAACAGGCCGAGACUCAGCAUGGUUACUCACCGCUGCAUUUGGCAGUCCGUGGGGGCAAUUUUGAGAUGGUGAGCUUGUUUUUCCGCCCAGAGGUGCUACCACAUCUUGACUUGAAUUUCAGUGACCGCGAGGGCAACACCGCACUACACCUGGCCACACAACUGCAGGUGAAAUUCGCCUCACGCGUUUUGGAGCUGUUGCUGUGCUUCGGUGCUGAUGCGAACUCCGUGAACUUCCUGAAACAAACGCCUCUGCACCUCUGCUCCAUGAUCAAGCGCACCGGUUCUGCAACGUGCGAGCUCAUGGAGACGCUCCUGCGCCACAGGGCGGAUCCUCAAAAGGUCGACUUCCUCAAGCGCUCGCCUCUGCAUUAUUGCAUGGAGAAGGGUACGUGUCUGUUGUAUGGCAACAGCGAUGAUAUGUCUACCUUUACUAAUUGUGCUGUGGUGUGUCUACUUCUAUCUGCAGACAUGGAGGAUGAAGCGGUGUUGCUCAUGAAGCAUGGAGCCGACAUGAACUUGCCUGACGGAGAAGGGGUGCGCGUCGUAACGAACCCUAAGGCCACUGGCGUAAGUAGCACUUUCACUUCUGACCGCCGCUGUUUGCUGAAAAAUGAGUCUAAAUAUUUGCCGUCCUCUUGCUAUCGUUACAGCUCCUGCGCUAUUUGCGCGUGA